AUGACAAUUUCUCAAAUCCUACGAAAUGGACAAAUAUUUGAUUGGGAUAUCGCUUUGAAAAUCAACAAAAGUGUUUCAAAUAAAAUAUGUCUGAAGGGGGAGUUUCCUAUUAUAUUAGCAGGUGGAUUGACACAUGAAAAUGUUGAGGAUGCUGCAAGAAAGGUUAAACCUUUGAUAGUUGAUGUAUCUAGUGGUGUCGAAACUAAUGGGACAAAGAUUUAG